GUCGUCUCUCGCACUAACCGAGCAAGACGAUGAUUCACGUGCCCUCCCUCACGCCGCGUGCCGGCACUCGCAUGUGAGCCGAGUCGGUGGCGGGUCUCCUUGCGGCGAGAUCGCGAUCCGUGUCCACACCAACUUGAGCGAAGGAGCUGGUUAGUUGAAUAGAUUCCGUAUGAAUCCACGAUGAAUUUGACCGAGCAUGCACUGCAUAUGUAUCCGCGACGUUGCUUUGUCACGCUGACGACCUCAUCAUCAUGUUAGUACUUUUCCGCGUUGAGCGAUGUACUCUUGCCGCCCAUCUGCUUCUCAUCUAUCACAGCAUCAAUGUAGAUUAUUACUGUUAUGAAGUAAUGUACGGAACAGAGAUAGAGAAGAGACCACAACAUCUAAUCUAACCUGUACGAUUAUGGAGAGACCACGGUGAAUGUGGACUGUCUGUCCCAUGAGCCAACCUAGCGGCCACGGCAAAUCUUGUUAGGAACGCGCACGCUAUGGAUCAUUCUCACUACUGUGAGACAUGUGACGUAGGGCCGCCGUGUUCGUCAUAUUCUCCGUCACCGUCACAGAACAGCCUACGCUGUCUCCGAUUCCUCUCAAGGAUACAGAUAGAUUUGAGCUGGCCUUUCUUGCUUAUAUAAGCGGAAACCCGCUCGAUCAUGGCAGAAAGAGAUGGCCGAGGUGACGACGGCCAACCCAGCGUCGAGAAGAGCUGGGGUGCUCAUGAACGAGAAGGCUCGGCCGGGGAGCGUCGUCGGGCGAGACGACGAGAGCGGCGCUGUCCGGGUCAAGAUCGUGAUGACCAAGAAACAGCUGAGGCAGAUGGUGGCGGCGAUGCAGCAGGGUCGGAGCUACACUGCCAGCCAUCCGCCGUCGGCGUCGUCGAGCUUGGAGCAGCUGCUGCUGCGUUCCCUCCGGAGCAGGCACAUGAAGAGAGCCGAGGCGGGUCAGUGUCGGAGCCGGUGGCGGCCGGAGCUGCAGAGUAUACCGGAAUAGGCUUGGCCUAAACCGCCCAUCAUCUCUUCUUACGCAUAUGACAGUGGCUGUAAAGCUGCUGCUACGACUGCUUCCAUGCCUAGUGGUUUCUUGUGUUGUGUGGGAAUUGUAUUCCGAAUUGCAAGUUCUCAAAACAGGUUCAAAAGCA